CCCCGCCGCUCUGUGUUUUGUCGCGCUGUGUCGCAGCGUGGUGGCGGAGCAGCUCAUCCCGCUGCUCUUCCUAUCCAGACACGGCUCCGUCCUGUGGGCUCUGCCGCCGCCUCCCUGCCGAGAUCCCGCUGCUUUGGGGUCACUGCUGCCAGCUGUCGUUAGUCUUUAAUGAAUUAAGAGCUCUCUAAGAUUAGACACGAAGGGUUUUUUUCCUCCUGUAGGCUCUGAGUGCAGAGGGCUGUGGGAAUUGCCAGUGAAAAAUCCUUUUUAUUCUUGACCAAGGUGGCUGUGGCUCUCAGGGGAAAGACACUUCAGGUGGGCUUUCGGUUCUACAAAAGCCUCUCCCAGGCUGGCUCCAGGCAUCAGAGGAAGGAGAACACGGUGUUAUUUUGGCUGAAGUGCUCAGCUUCAAGACUUCACUUUGUUCCUCACAGCUUGGAGGGAUAUGAAGCCAAUUGGAAAAGUGCUUUGUGCUACAGGGGUUGUAGCUGGGCUCGUAGCUUUCUUCUGGAAAGACGACUUUAACCCAGAGAGCCUGUCUGGUGCCCGUGUUCUCGUGACUGGAGCCAGUGCUGGGAUUGGAGAGCAGAUAGCAUAUCACUAUGCCAGGUUUGGUGCUGAGAUUGUGGUGACUGCCAGGAGGGAAGCUGUGCUGCAGAAGGUAAUGGAGAAAUGCCUGACACUUGGAGCAAAGAAAAUAUUUUACAUCCCUGCAGAUAUGUCUUCCCCUUCAGAGCCUGAGAGGGUGGUGCAGUUUGCUGUCCAAAAGCUGGGGGGCCUGGAUUACCUGGUGCUGAACCACAUCGGCACCAACCGCUUCCAGGAGUGGGCUGGGGAUGUGGAGUACACGCGCUGGCUCCUGCAGGUGAAUUUUUUGAGUUAUGUGGCUCUUGCAACAGCAGCUCUUCCCACCCUGGAGAAGAACAGAGGUGCUCUGGUGGUUGUUUCUUCCCUCACAGGGAAAAUGCCCACUCCCUUCACCACUUCCUACUCUGCCACCAAGUUUGCCCUGGAUGGAUUCUUCAGCUCGCUGCGCCACGAGCUCAUCAUGCAGAGCAGGGAUGUGUCGGUCACCCUGUGCAUCCUGGGCCUGAUUGACACUGACUCGGCGCUGGAGCACACCAGGGGCAAAGUGCUGCUCAGNCUGGGGCCAGGGGACAUCAGCUCCUCAUGCCAAGAUCUGAAUAACUUCAGACUAAACUUAGUGUAUGAUUAUUUCACGUUUGAGAUAGAUUUUGAAGAAUAA